AUGGAAUUCCGUCUGCACACGGCGCAGCAAAGCACCUGGCUUGACGUGGAAGUAGUCCACGCCGCCGACCUCACUCCUGAUGACCUGGUUGCCGAGACGCGGCAGAGGCGGGUGACGGCCGUCCAAGCUCUCUUCGGCUUAGAUGCCGCUGGCCCACAACCACACUGGACACUUGCGUCUUUGCCGUCCCCUUCGAGAGAGUCUUGUGCGCAACCGAGGUUGAGGACACGGGGCGACGGGACUUUCAGGACCGUACAGGGCACCGACACGCACGUAGUCACCGGCAAAGGGGUAUGCAACGACGCCUUAAAUGCGCGAGGGGGGGGGAUUUACCUCUGA